AGGAAAGGGGGCCGGGGGGACCCGCCCCCGGUCGGCCGCAACCAUGAACUCCAACGUGGAGAACCUGCCCCCACACAUCAUCCGCCUGGUGUAUAAGGAGGUGACCACGCUGACUGCCGACCCCCCCGACGGCAUCAAGGUCUUCCCCAACGAGGAGGACCUCACUGAACUGCAGGUCACCAUCGAGGGCCCCGAGGGCACCCCCUAUGCCGGAGGCCUCUUCCGUAUGAAGCUCCUUCUCGGGAAGGACUUCCCUGCCUCCCCUCCAAAGGGCUACUUCCUGACCAAGAUCUUCCACCCCAACGUGGGCUCCAACGGCGAGAUCUGUGUCAACGUGCUGAAGAGGGACUGGACGGCGGAGCUGGGCAUCCGCCACGUGCUGCUGACCAUCAAGUGCCUGCUGAUCCACCCGAACCCCGAGUCCGCGCUCAACGAGGAGGCGGGCCGCCUUCUGCUGGAGAACUACGAGGAAUACGCGGCCCGCGCCCGCCUGCUCACGGAGAUCCACGGGGGCGCUGCGCCCAGCACCACCACGGCCGGGGGCGCCGCGGCCGCAGACCCCACGCUCCCCGGGCUCCCGGGCGCCGACGGGCCCAUGGCCAAGAAGCACGCGGGCGAGCGCGACAGGAAGCUGGCGGCCAAGAAGAAGAUGGACAAGGACAAGAAGCGGGCGCUGCGGCGGCUGUAG